CGCUGGAUUGGCGGAGGGAUGCGGCUGCUUUCCCUGGAGGGGGCUCUGGGCUUCUCGCGAAGGAUCUUCUCUCCUCCUUUCCGCAGGAAAGGCCGCCUCUCCUCCUGCCGCCUCCAGGUCUAAUGCGGGGAGAGUAAGACGGAGGAGGAAAGACCGAGGUAGGAGGAGGAAAGAGCUGGGACUCCUAUAGGGCAGAAGAGGAGCUCAAUCAGGGAGAAAAAAGGUGGCUCGGUAGAGAACAAAAGUUCUCUGCACUGAAAAGAUUUCAUUUCAAAAUGAAUUGCUGGUCCUUAACAAUGUAUCCUGGACAGCUGCAGCUGUAGUUGUUUUAUAUUUUCAAUAUUUCUAAACCGCCUUUAAAAAAAUAUAUAUCUAACAAGUGGAACGCAGGUGAAAUUAAAAGAGAGAACGCAGGUAAAAUUCACAGGCCCAUGUGGAAACCAAUAUGCCUAAAGCCAUCAUUUCUAAAAACAAAAAUAGCUAAGUAAUAAAUACAUUUGCUCUCACUGUUCUUUGCUUCUUUCCUCCCUCUCAGCCUCUUUUUUGGCUGCUGUGAAAUAUACUGGCAGAAAGUAUGGGAAUGGUGGUGUUUUUUUUUUUUUUUUUAAAUAAUCCCAAUAGGCAUGGACAAACCUUUCAAUUUCAGUUUUAUCUCUGUGUCUCAUUUUCCCCAGUGUUAUAUUUAAGUUACAUUUAGUUGCCCACAUUUUGACAUAUUAUGAAACAAAAGGACCAGUUGGAAAUUUAGUUGCCAUUUUAGUUCCAAUCUUCCUCUUAUAUUUGCCCUAAUAUAAUGCAUUUCUGUAUAUAAUUUCCCCUAAAAAUCAUGCAUUGCUGUGUGCUCUUUCACUUUGAACAGGUGUAGAAAAUCUUUUAUCACCCAGCAAGGCAGAUCCAGAUCUUCUUUUCUCCCCACACUCAACUGUAGACCAACUUUGGUGGGUGGGUGACCUUCAUAGGGUCAAGGUACAGCCUAAGAAUGGAAACCUUAAUGCAGAUGUUCCCCUUGUAACUUACAAUAUUUUUCUUCUGGUCUGUUUUUAUGUUUGAAAUUUUCUGGAUCCUAUAUCCAGGAUACCAGAUUGGUCUCUAGUACCACUUAUCUAAGGCCAGCAGUUUCACUCUGGACUGGUAGCUGUGUUUUUCAUGUCAGUUAAAUGGCCGUGACUGGUGGCAUUAGGACAGGCCAGAAUUAAGUGUAGAUAAUCAUGACCUUGCCUAUUCCUUUACUGAGUAGACGUAAAUUGUAUAUUCAUAUUUUGAAUUUCCAGAACCAUUGUUUGCAUAUGCUGUUGUUUAUUUCUCCAUGUUUUCUCAGUGUGUAAUGUGCCAUUGGUUUCUCUUUCGUAAUAUUGCAGUCGGACAUUUGUAAUGCAUUUCCUGGUCUUGACAUAUUUAAUAUAAAUCUCUUCAAACACAUGUUACGCCAGGCAUAGGCAAACUCCGGCCCUCCAGAUGUUUGGGAUUACAAUUCCCAUCAUCCCUAGCUAACAGGACCAGUGGUCAGGGAUGAUGGGAAUUGUAGUCCCAAACAUCUGGAGAGCCGGAGUUUGCCUAUGCCUUUCAGAUCCUGUUUGCUAAUUUGGGCAAAUUAGGAAUUUUAGUUUCAAUGUUUUCAUGAGUUCUUUGGCCACCGCUUCCCUUUCACAGGCAGUACAAACACAUCUGAGCUACACUGUGGAUCCUCUCUACCUUACCCUGGAGAGGAAGCGACCACCAUGUACCCUGCUAAGGUAGGGGAAAGAUCAUUGGGGAUAGCUGGAGUGCCUCCUUCCUUAUUACAGAGGGACUCUUUGCAGGGGCCUCUUACACCUGUGCUUCUGAGGCUGCUGCCUCUGAGAAAGUGGGUUGGCAGCUUCAUUUUUCUGUAUUUCUUAUUGCCAGCAGGGAAACCUAUUGUAUGUUCAAUGUUGUUAAAUGGUCUUCUCGGUGGUGGUGCCCACCCUGUGGAACACCCUCCCAUCAGAUAAACAACUGUCUGACUUUUAGAAGACAUCUGAUGGCAGCCCUGUUUAGGGAAGUUUUUUUAUGUUUGCUGUUUUAUUGUCUUUUAAAUAUUCUGUUGGGAGCCGCCCAGGGUGGCUGGGGAAACCCAGCCAGAUGGUGUGUGUGUGUGUGUGUGUGUCUGUGUGUGUGUGUGUGUGUGUGUGUACUGUGUAUAUAUAUAAUGUUUUAUUGUAUUUUAAUGUUUUUUUGGGAGGUCCCCACAGUGCCUGGGACAACACAGUCAGAUGGGUGGUUAACAAUAAUAGAAAUAAAUAAAUAACAACAUCAUUUCAUUUGUCCUUAAUUUGUCCACAUUUAGUUUCAUUGGAUGGCCCUGGAUUACAAUAUUUUCAUAGAGGAUUGAUAAUAUCUCUCCCUCUUCUUUGCACUAGGCAUAACUGUGUACAUCUAAAUUAGAAGAUCUUUUCAUUUCAUUUCUUCAGUGCCUUGAUUAUGUUGGUUGCUCUUUUUUCCAGCGUUUUCUGGGUCAACAAUUCUGUUUUUGAGGUCAGGCAACCAGAACCAUACAGUAUCGCAAGGGCAGAUGCACCAUAAUCUGUAAAUCUGCACAACAAUAUUGGCAGCUUUGCUUUGAAUCUUGUCCCUAACACGGAAUGGGUACAUUUCACAGCUUCCACAAACUGUAGUUAACUGGGUCAAUAUCUUUGCUGAGCUACCUGCAGUGGUGAUUUCUGAGCACCGAAGCUAAAAUCCCCACUUGUCCCAUGCCCUGUUGGAGUGUGAGUGGAGGGGAGAUGCUUUCCACGCCUUCCCUUGGAGUGUCUACAAGGAGGGGAAUUGUUUUCUUCUUCCAGGGGUCGCUGAGCUUCAAGGAGGUUGCCGUGAAUUUCACUGACGAGGAAUGGGCCCUGCUGGAUCCAGGACAGAGAGCUCUGUAUAAUGAGGUCAUGCUAGAGAUCCGUGAGAUGGUGGCCUCUCUGGGAGACGUUUGGGGGAUCCUGGCUGAGGGGGACCCAUCAGAAGUGGCGCCUGAAGCAGCUGAGGAGCAAAGGAAGCUGGGGGUUCAAGAUGGAACCAACACACAAAUGCAGAAGGCGGGGAGUGAAUCCGCCGCCUCUCAGGUUAACAGAAAUCAAAUCACCAGGGAGGAGGAGAAGUAUGAAUGUAAAAUGUGUGGAAAGAUGUUUGCUUCUCGCUCAAGCCUUACUUCACCUCAGAGACUCUACUCAGGUGAAAAACCACAUGAAUGCUGGGAGUGUGAGAACAGCUCCAGUUGGAGUGGCCCCCUUGAGCGCCAUCAAAGAACUCAUACAGGCGAGAAACCUUAUAACUGUUUGGAGUGUGGAAAGGGUUUUGGUGACCGUAGCAGCCUCACUAGACAUAAAAGAACUCACACAGGGGGGGAAACUUACAAAUGUUUGGAGUGUGGAAAGAGCUUCAGGCAAGGUUACUCCCUUACUCAGCAUCAAAGAACUCAUACCGGGGAGAAACCCUAUAAAUGUUUGGAGUGUGGAAAGAACUUUGGUCGCCUAGGCUCUCUUACGUUGCAUCAAAGAAGCCAUACAGGAGUGGAAACCUACGUAUGCUUGGAAUGUGGAAAGAGCUUCUAUCAGAGUAGGCACCUCGCAAGACAUAAGAGAACCCACACAGGGGAGAAACCUUACGGAUGCUGGGAGUGUGGGAAGAGCUUCAGUGACAGUGGCUCCCUUACUAGACAUAAGAGAACUCACACAGGGGGAAAGCCUCACAAGUGUUUGGAGUGUGGGAAGAAUUUCAGCCGCAGCUGCAACCUUACUUUGCAUCAGAGAAGUCACACAGGGGAGAAGCCUUAUGAAUGUUUGGAGUGUGGGAAAAGCUUCGUUCGGAGUAGUCACCUCACCAGACAUAAAAGAACUCAUACAGGAGACACAUGUUCGUAUGAAUGUUUGGAGUGUGGAAAGAGCUUUAGUCGCAGUAGCUAUCUUGCUCACAUCUUAGGCUUGGAAAAACAUCAACAGACUCACACAGGAGAGAAACCAUUUAAAUGCAUAGAGUGUGGAAAGAACUUCAGUCACAAUGGAAACCUUAGAAAACAUCAACGGACCCACACUGGGGAAAAACCCUUUCAAUGCAUGGAAUGUGGAAAGAGCUUCACUGAGAGUGGAACACUUAUAAUUCAUCAACGGACUCACACAGGGGAGAAACCAUUUCAAUGCAUGGAGUGUGGAAAGAGCUUCAGUCGGAGUGGAACACUUAGAAUUCAUCAACGGAGUCACACAGGAGAGAAACCAUUUAAAUGCAUGGAGUGUGGAAAGAGCUUCAGUCGGAGUGGACACCUUAGAAACCAUCAUCUAACUCACACGGGGGAGAAACCAUUUGCAUGCAUGGAGUGUGGCAAGAGCUUCACUUGUGGUAGAACACUUAAAAUUCAUCAAUGGACUCACACAGGGGAGAAACCAUUUAAAUGCAUGGAGUGUGGAAAGAGCUUCACUUGCAGUCAAACACUUAGAAUUCAUAAACGGACUCACACAGGGGAGAAACCAUUUAAAUGCAUGGAGUGUGGAAAGAGCUUCAGUCACAGUGGAAACUUUAGAAUUCAUCAACGGACCCACACUGGGGAAAAACCAUUUGAAUGCAUGGAGUGUGGAAAGAGCUUCAUUACUGGUAGAACACUUAGAAUUCAUCAACGGACACACACAGGGGAGAAACCAUGUAAAUGCAUGGAGUGUGGAAAGAGCUUCAGGUGGAGUGGAAACCUUAGAAGACAUCAACGGACCCACACUGGGGAAAAACCAUUUAAAUGCAUGGAAUGUGGAAAGAGCUUCACUGAGAGUGGAACACUUAGAAUUCAUCAACGGACUCACACAGGGGAGAAACCAUUUCAAUGCAUGGAGUGUCGAAAGAGCUUCAGUCGGAGUGGAGAACUUAUAAUCCAUCAACGGAGUCACACAGGAGAGAAACCAUUUCAAUGCAUGGAGUGUGGAAAGAGCUUCAGUCGGAGUGGAGAACUUAGAAAACAUCAACAGACUCACACAGGAGAGCGACCAUUUAAAUGCAUGGAGUGUGGAAAGUGCUUCAGUACGAGUUGGAAGCUGAAUUUACAUCACCUAACUCACACUGGGGGGAAACCAUUUAAAUGCAUGGAAUGUGGAAAGAGCUUCACUGAGAGUGGAACACUUAGAAUUCAUCAACGGACUCACACAGGGGAGAAACCAUUUAAAUGCAUGGAGUGUGCAAAGAGCUUCAGUCAGAGUGGACUCCUUAGAAACCAUCAACAGAUUCACACCGGGGAGAAACCAUUUAAAUGCAUGGAGUGUGGAAAGAGCUUCACUUAUAGUGGAACACUUAUAAGACAUCAUCUAACUCACACAGGAGAGAAACCAUUUGAAUGCAUGGAGUGUGGAAAGAGCUUCACUUGCGGUAGAACACUUAGAAGACAUCAUCGAACUCACACAGGAGAAAAACCAUUUAAAUGCAUGGAGUGUGGAAAGUGCUUCAGUCAGUGUGGACACCUUAGAAGACAUCAACAGAGUCACACAGGAGAAAAACCAUUUAAAUGCAUGGAAUGUGGAAAGUGCUUCAGUACGAGUUGGAAGCUGAAUUUACAUCAUCGAACUCACACAGGAGAGAAACCAAUUAAAUGCAUGGAGUGUGGAAAGUGCUUCAGUCAUAGUGGACACCUUAGAAGACAUCAACAGAGUCACACAGGAGAAAAACCAUUUAAAUGCAUGGAAUGUGGAAAGUGCUUCAGUAGGAGUGGGAAGCUGAAUUUACAUCAUCAAACACACACAGGAGAGAAACCAUUUAAAUGCAUGGAGUGUGGAAAGUGCUUCUGUAGGAGUGGGCAACUGAAUUCACAUCAUCGAACACACACAGGAGAGAAACCAUUUAAAUGCAUGGAGUGUGGAAUGAGCUUCACUGAGAGUGGAGUUCUUACAGAACAUCAACAAACUCAUACAGAGGAGAAGCCAUGUAAGUCCUAGGGAAGUGGACAGAGGUUCUGUUGAAGUGGAAGUCUUACAAACCAUCAAAAGACUCUGAGGGGUAAGAGCUGUAAGAGUGGAAACUGUGCAAGCCAUCAAUUAACCCAAAGAAGAGAAAUGGUUUAAAUAGGAGGAGUGUGGAUUCUGCUUUGGUUAUUAUGGAAUGCUUUUUGGAGUGUCGAACCUGUUUCUCUCCGAGUUAACACUUUCUCUCACAUCAAUAACAGGAAAUCAAUCUUAAAUGCAUGCAGCCUAUGUAAUCUCAAGGUACCAACGGUAAAGGAAUGACAGAACAAGCUAUUAGAAUACGCGGAAAUGGCUCAACUGACACACAACCUAAGGGGUAAUACAAAACAAGAAUUUGGAAAAAAGGGGGGGAUAUGUUUAAGAGAUAUCUACAAGCAAGUAAUAGUGAUGUAACUACCAUGGCAGUACUAGAUUGACUCAUGUGGAUAUUAGACGAAUUAACAUUAGGAAAUUUAUGGUAUUAUGAGAAGUACUUGAAAUGACAAUAAGAUUAAGGGAAGAAAAGUAAGUGCAUUCAUUUCUAUAAUCGCAAUGUGCUUUGGGUGAUGACGGGAAGUCGUUUCGUUCAUUUAUUAUUAUAUAUAUAUGCUUUAUUAUUCUUUCUUACUUCCUGUUUAUCUUAUUUUUAGUUAACACUCUUAGGUCUAGGACGGUGGUUCCCAACAGGUGGUCCGAGGACCCCCAGGGGUCCGCGAGCUAUGCCAGAGGGGUCCGCAAGAUGCUAUUAGAAUAAAAAAUAUAUAAAAAAUAUAUUAAAUAUAUUUCGUAUGAUAACAGAUUUUUUGUUUUGGCCGCUUCCUGCAUGAGCAGAGUCUAGCGCAAAACUAGAAUUAGAUAGAGGCAGUAGUUCUGCUGUAUGCCAUUAGGUGGCGCUUUACAAACACUACUGUUUUGCAAAGAGGCAGCGCGCGCAUUCUAAACGCUCACCUCCCCAAGAUGCUUUGCGCGCGUCGGCUUCAUUUGUGCGCUACUGCACAGGUACCCUGUCUUCUCCAUUCCCCUCCCUCCUCCCUGGCGCGCGCUCACUUUUUAAUUUUAGGAUUAGGAAUUAAUGGGGGUCCUUGUCACAAUAGCGGCUCAAUGAGGGGUCCUCGAGAAAAUUUUGUUGGGAACCCCUGGUCUAGGAAAUUGGUGAAGGUAGUUAAUAUAAGGAAAGAAAUGACAAGUAUGUAUCACCAAUGUUGAAAUGGAUGUUUAUUGGACCAGAUGAUAUAACGUACAUGCAUACAAGAUUGUACUGUCUAAUGCAAUAAAUUCAAAAUUCAAAAAAAAAAAAGUAACUGAGGUAACUACCAGAAGACCCUCGGAAGU